CCGGGUGCUUUAACAACACCGCGCCACCCUCAAACGAACAAGAAAGAUAUAUACUGGGAAGAAACAGCAUCUAGUCUCCGUCAAAUCAAUUCGAGCUGCGACGGCCUCAAUCGCGGAAUUCGCUCAAUGAUGAAUCCUGUCAACCACGACACCAUGGAGGAACCACCACCGCCAUACCAGGAGCUGGCAGAUCCGCUACCGAUAGGAGCCGCCGAACUCCCAGCAGUAUUGCCUGCUGAAUUACCAGAUGCCAGAGCGAACAGCCACCCUCGGUUUUCCGCAGCAAUCGAAUAUAGCCCAGACAACAGCCCGCAGCUUAUCGUCAACGGUGAAGGUUUCCCUGCUCCUCAACCGCCGCCACGGAAUCCCGCAAGGCUACAUUCGAGACUGCAUUCAGAUAGUGGAAGAGGAAUUGGCCCUGGUCUGCAUCCCAUGCCUGUGCGGCCCCGGCCCCAGCCAUCGCGGGAUAGUUUGAAACGGAAACCGCUGCCUUCAUCUGCGAUAUCGCAACGACACAGCAAUAACAGCGCUAGUAGUUUGACGUCCACAAAGGCACGCGAAGCUGGUUUCGAGAUUGAAGAGGAACCUCGACCGCUGGCGGCACGGACCGCGAGCUCAGCAAGCAGUGAGCCACCACCCAGCGUGACCAUCUUGCCAUCGAGCAAACCGCUCAAGUUCACACGAGAAUCGGGUAAAGUGACUGCUUACUUGGUCCCGUUUCCGAAACCGAGUAUAAAGGGUGUCAAUGUAGAGGAUAUACCGGACCGCUUUCUCAUCUACACACCACCUGUCCCACCGCUGGCAAAGCCGGUACCUGGGGAGAAGGAAACGCAUUGGCACAAGACGCAGCGGCAGUGGCAGGAGGAAGUGAGGAAAGCGACUGUUCAGCGAGCGUCCAAGUCAUCGUGGCAGGGAUUGAAGGCGGGAACGUCGAAUCUGGUACUCAAGGGCGUCAAUAAGACAAAGUCGACGAGUCUUGAGUUUCUGGAGCGUGCAUCGGGUGAUACCGAUCUUUUUGAUCCGGAGGAAGAUGAAGUUGUUGUAAAGAAGACGGAUACCAUCAAGGAUGAUGACAAGGUGGUUGAGGCUGCUCCUCCUUCUCCUCCUUCUCCUCCUCCCCCUCCUACUCUUACUACUACUGAUACUCCGCCGCAAGGUGGAGCUGUGGAGCUUCCUACAGAAGCACCCACCCUUACCACAGCAGAACUCCCUGCUGAUAACAAUGAAUUGGAACUCCAACCUGAUACCACGCCAAACUUCUCGAACACGACCAACACAGCAGCGGACAAGCGCGCGAAAGGCAAAUCGAAAUCAAAGUCAAAGUCGAAAGACAAACCCAAAGACAAGAACAAGAGCAAGAGUAAGGAAAAGGACAAAGAGAGCGAUAAGGAGAAGGAGAAGGAGAAGGAGAAGGAGUCUAAACCGCCAAAAGGCCUUUCAGACCUCACCCUCAUCUACCCACCAACUCUCGCCCUCACCCCACAGCAGAUCCGUGCCGAAUUCGGCGACACCCUCCUCCGUAUCUCGACCAGCUCCCGCAAAGACGCCCUCCUCGCCUCAACGCUGGUCCCUUUUGCUGCAGGCCUCGAUGCAACCCUUCUCUUCACGCUCGGUGGUUUUACGCAGAUGACGAGCGCGUGGGCCUACACUUCGACUCGCGGCGCGCUGGAAAGCAGGAAGAUGACAAAAGCGAUUUCGAGAGGGGAUUUGCUGGUAAAAGAUGAUGAUGCUGCUGCUGACGAAAACGACAACAACACGGCAAAUUCUACGCCUACUCUUACUCCUUCUGGAACCGGUGAUCAAAUAAAAGAAAAGUCCUUUAUAGGAGAUGCAGAGAUUGGUGCCACAUCCACCAGGAGUGAAAUCAAGGGGACCACUCCAACUUCAUCGCCACCGCCGAUCCUACAGCACCAGCUAUCCUCAACGCUGUCCCUGCCGUCUACCACGACUUCCACCGCGACAGCAAUAGCAACGGCGACAGCAGCAGCGACAGCAACAGCAACACCGCAACGCCGACCCCCACUCCAAAAAGACGAAAAGCAGAAAUCCGCCACCUCAUCCACUUUCUCCUUCGACUCGUCAACAAUCUCGAAAUUUUAUACCCCGAAGGAAGAGAAAGAUAAACCGUCGACGGCAUUGCACUUGCAGGAAUCCACACACCUCGAGCCUUUCCAGCGCUACCUCGAGCUCGCGUGUAUGAAGACAAGCUUUGCGCUGUUCCCGCACGUCGAGGAGGUUUCAGACGAUGUCAACGAGAGCAGUGUGUUAGACGCUAUCGGUUGGAAGCCCGUUGUGCAACGGGGCGUGGACAAUGAGGUUGAGAGCCAGGACAUUGAGGAGAGGUAUCAGCGGGAGGAGGCGAGAGAGGAUGUCAAGAGGAUGGUUCGGAAAGGGGCUGCGGAGUGGGUCUCAUGGUGCAAAACAUUUGCUAAAGAUUCCGAGGCUGCGGGGAAGAAGUAA